AUGACUGGCCGACCAGGCUAUUCUGCGAGGUCGUCGUCGGGGCUAGCCGCGGGGCCGGCUGCUGGCUCUGAUGGUGCCGUACGACCACGUAAUCGCCGUCUCAUCAGCAUCGACGACAACAGCAACCACAAAGACGACGCCACGAGAUCCCUCGAUAGCAGCGGCUUGCUCUCAGAUUUCGAGGCUUCGACCGCGCAGCCGUCAACGCAGCAUGGACACGCCCGUGCCGACCGGGGCUACAGCGCAGCCGCGAGCGGCAGCACCGCCAACAUUGGCCAGUUCCUCGGCGAAUCGCUGACGCAGAGCUGGUCCUCUGUCCAAGGAUUUGCCACUUCCAUACUGGGAUCUGGGGCCAAGGACAGAGGGGGCAUGAGGAGCCCGUACGGCUCGAGAUCACCCAACGGGAGAAUACCAACUCGCGCCCAACCUCGCAGGCGAGCCGGCAGCAGCAGAGAACCAACAUCUUGGGGCCCAGCGCCUGCCCCAAAGCUGGCUGAUGUGGGCGCGGGCUCUCUUGCCGAACGGGAUGCUGCAUUGAGAGCAGCCAAGACAGCGAGCGUUCUGCAGAGCCACGACGGAGUCAAUGGUGGUUUGGAUGCGAGCGGACGACACAAACGACGAAACUCGGAUGAAAUCGCCACGACAGAACAGCCACCCGACGACUACUUGGUUUACAUUCACCAUGUGCAACGAAACGAUACUUACGCAGGAAUCAUUCUGCGGUACCAAUGCCGAGAGGACGUCUUUCGAAAGGCAAACGGACUGUGGUCGCGCGAUAGCAUCCAAACGCGGAAAUGGCUGACACUGCCUGUGGAUGCUUGCGAAAUUCGUGGCUCUCCAUGCGACCCCCCAGCUUCCACGACUACGCAGCAAACAGAUUUACUUGCACCAUCACCGGUGCCUUCCAAUAAACCUAUACCCGAGCACGACGAGUACUUUAGCUCACUAUCAGACAUUGGCGAAAGCGACGCGCGGCAGAUUGAACAAGACAGCAAACCAUGGACCCAUGUUCGAUGGGUCAAAAUAGAAUCUUUUCAAGCGCCCGUGGAGAUUGGGCGCAUCUCUCGUCAGUCAAUGGGCUACUUUCCUCCGCGCCGGAGGAAAAGUAUUUUGUCGGCAUUGUCAACGCCGCGUCAAAGCUCGGAGCUCUCCAAUGGCAUGCCCGGGCCUUCAGAAAGUCACCCGCAGCGACGGCAGAGCUCGCUAGGAAGUCAACCGCCGUUGUGCCUUACGCCAGUAUCAUCGCGAAGCAGACGAGGCAGCGAGGCGGCAGAGAUUAGGCCGGCCUGGAUGCGAAGACCUGGUGGAGUCGGAACCAUGGGCCGCAACAUUCGAGCGCCAGGACCCGACAAGGACUCCCUGAAUGCCUGGGCGAACAAGCACUUUCCUGGACUCAAUAUCGACCAACUCCCGUCCAUGUCAGUCAUGGGAUCGGAGAUUGCGCAUUUCGGGUUCAAGGGCGGUAAUAAUGCCAUUGCCGAGAGCUCCUUUGAAAACGGUCGCCAGGAUGCCGCCUCGCUCAACAAUCAAGGCACGGGGCUGGAUAGGGCUGCAGCCGCCGUGGAAACCUGGCUUCGUGGAGCUCUGGCGAAGCGGCCUACGACACCGCUCACGCGAUCGCGGUCUAAGGGCGUUACUAACGCGGACGGCGACUUGAUUGAGCUCACGGACACGGGCAGCGACGAUGGCCGAUUCCACCACGACUCCGUGAGCAGCCUCCUCGAGCCACUUUCAAUCAGCGGUACGAGCGGUCACAGCCGAAACACGGGUGCUGCUACGAUGAGGUGCAGCAGCGGCAUCGCGGACAAAGGGAAGAAGGUGGACUAA